AUGACUUCUCUACUUCCGCGUUUGGGUAGCCCCAAUACUCCCGUCGACGCGAAGGUCUGGGACAUGAUAUUCCUUGACACGAAGACCAAGAGGAAGAACAAGAAGACGGAAGCAGCUGCUAAGCCGAAUGUGCCGAUCACGGCCAAGGAUAUCGACAUCCGCAACUGGUCCUUCGGCGACCGCAAGGUGCUCGUGUCCAAGAGCGAUCGUCUCAAAAUCUUCACCGGCGACACGUUGGCUACUACGAUUUCGAAGCCGUUGCUUCGCGCUACUUCGGCGACGUCUGGCGAGAUUCUCAAGGACGGCAUGGUCAAGCUACCAGCAGACACUGACAAGAACGGUGUCUGCUGCCUCGUCAACUACCUCGAGAGUAUAAUCCGAACCAAUUCGAAGCCGCUUCCAUUCACCCGUAGCCUUACGAUGGCUGCGUCGCUCAGCGUAUGCGCCGCCGCUUCUCUGCUUGGAAUGAAGAAAUACACUCUCAACUUGUACAAGAAGUGCGAGACUCUUCUGCGCAUCGAUCCGCCUGAGUAUGAGGACAUCAACGCCAUCAUUUUAUUCAAGAAGGUGCACAAGCGUCUCUUCAAUAUCGUGGUGAAAGGUCUUGCUGUGCGUGUCUGGGAGAAUACAGUACCAGACCCCGAGGACUUCGCUCUCUAUCUCGCGCAGAACCCUGUGCUUGACACUGCGAUCAAGUCUGCAAUUGAAAAGCGCGAAUAUCACCUCCGCAGGGUGGCUGAGCUCAAAGAGCGCUGUGUUAGGCGGGAGAAUGCUCAAACUCGCCACGAGGCAUGGAUGAAGGAGAAGACCGAACGCGAGGCCAAGAGGCGGGCAGGCGAGGAAGCGUUUUAUGCUGCGAAGGCUGCUAAGGAAGCGGCUUUGGAGAAGUCUAUCCAGCUGAAGAUCAGGGCCAGGGAACCAAGGGCGCGAAAGUUCACCGCAGAGGAGGCUGCACACUACCGGCACCGGUACAAUAAGAAGCCGCCGAACGGCUGCUAG